UCCCCGGAGCCUCCCGCGCGGUCCCCGCUGCAGUCUCGGGGCUCUCGGCGCCUUCAUGGAAGUUUAGGGCCUGGACGGUGGCCCCGAGCCCGGCCCGAGAGCGCAGCCGAGCGGCUGGCCGGGAAGAGGAAGAUGUCUGUGCUCCGGCGGAUGAUGCGGGUCUCCAAUCGCUCCCUCCUCGCCUUCAUCUUCUUCUUCUCCCUCUCCUCGUCUUGUCUCUAUUUCAUCUAUGUGGCCCCGGGCAUCGCCAAUACAUAUCUCUUUAUGGUACAAGCUCGAGGUAUAAUGUUGAGAGAAAAUGUGAAGACAAUAGGCCAUAUGAUCAGGCUAUACACAAAUAAAAACAGUACACUCAACGGCACAGAUUAUCCAGAAGGCAGUAAUUCAAGUGAUUAUCUUAUUCAAACAACAACGUAUCUUCCGGAAAACUUCACGUAUUCACCAAACCUCCCCUGUCCAGAAAAACUGCCUUAUAUGCGGGGAUUCCUCAAUGUCAAUGUAAGCGAAGUCAGUUUUGAUGAAAUUCAUCAGCUCUUCUCCAAGGAUUUAGAUAUUGAGCCGGGAGGUCACUGGAGGCCUAAAGACUGUAAACCCAGAUGGAAGGUGGCAGUUCUCAUUCCUUUUCGUAAUCGCCAUGAACAUCUUCCAAUUUUUUUCUUGCACCUGAUUCCAAUGCUUCAGAAACAGCGGCUGGAGUUUGCCUUUUAUGUCAUUGAACAGAUGGGCACACAACCUUUUAACCGUGCAAUGCUCUUCAACGUGGGCUUCAAAGAGGCCAUGAAAGACAGUGGCUGGGACUGCAUAAUAUUCCAUGAUGUGGAUCAUCUACCUGAAAAUGACCGGAACUAUUAUGGAUGUGGAGAAAUGCCACGUCAUUUUGCAGCAAAACUGGAUAAGUACAUGUACAUUCUUCCAUAUAAAGAGUUUUUUGGUGGUGUAAGUGGACUGACAGUGGAACAAUUUAGAAAGAUCAAUGGUUUUCCUAAUGCCUUCUGGGGAUGGGGAGGAGAAGAUGAUGACCUUUGGAACAGAGUUCACUAUGCUGGAUAUAAUGUAACCAGACCAGAGGGAGACUUAGGAAAAUACAAGUCUAUUCCUCAUCACCAUCGAGGUGAAGUCCAGUUUUUAGGACGAUAUAAAUUACUAAGGUAUUCUAAAGAGCGUCAAUACAUCGAUGGAUUGAACAAUUUAAUAUAUAGACCCAAAAUACUGGUUGAUAGGUUGUAUACAAAUAUAUCUGUAAACCUCAUGCCAGAGUUAGCACCAAUCGAAGACUAUUAAAAAUAGCUCUCUUGGAAGAUAGACCACAAUGUUGGAUCAUAAACUUGGAGUGCACUCUUGGUGGAGGUCAGUGGUGGGAUGUGUCACAGCACCAUGUUCUUUGAGAAGAAGAGCCCACAGUUCUCAGUGUUUACAGCGUGGGACUGUCUACACUCACCCUUCUUCCACCCCUCCCUUGUGCUUUGAGACACACCCUGGGGGUGAGCACCACAGAAACUGGAAGCCAUUGCUUAAGCUUGGAAGUUAAGAGAGCUCCUUACAAAGAGAAAGCUUUUAUACUAAAAUCUAUAAUUUAAAUCAAGAGAAUGCUUUUAUUUCAGCUUAAACAUAUUUUGUACAUAUGUGAUGUAAAUUAAUGUGUGCAAAUUGUUGAAAAAUAAGAUGUGUUGCAGUUUUGCAUGUAAUUGGUUAUGCCUUUAUUAUUGGAAUUUUAUAGACUUUUUUUUUAUCUGCAUGGGGAAAAAAAAAAACCCACAGUAAAUUUAUGUCACUAAACAAAGGUUAACCCUUGUGUGAAAUGAAGGAACUGUCAGUAGUUGACAGCCAACUAAUGCAGUAAACUGUUACACUAGUUUUGAACUUUAGACCUCAGCCUUUCGUGUGGAAGAAGCCACAGUUUUUUUAGGGCUUUAAAGGUAAAGAAGAAAAUACUUUAACGGUUUUUCUUCCUACCAGGAUUACCUAUUUUUUUUCCUUGCUUGCAGUCUCAUCUGAUUUUGCUAUAAAUCACAACCACAUUGUUUAUGCAUAUUGCAUGAGUAUUACGAAUAAAAUCUUAAAAGUUGUGAUGUGACAUGCUAUAAAGGACCUCUUUAUGUUAAAUGUCUUUCAUGUACCGCUGGUGUGUCAGGGAUUUUGUGCCUCAAAAAAUGUUUCCAAGGUUGUAUGUUUAUAUGCUGUAUUUUUUUUAAUUCACGGUGAACAGCACUUUUAUUAUUUCCAGUUCAGAAGAGCCAAAAAGUAUCUUCAUA